CCCGCAGUCCAGCGUGUACAUAUCGCGGACUCCAUCUUCAACUUGUGUUUGCUUCAAGCGCGCUCCUAUACUGAGCCGGAUCUAAUCGCGGCGUCUUGUUGAAGAAGAGCUAGUAGCAGUGCCAAUGGAUGGAGAUGGUGGCUAUGGUGUAAGUGAGCUGGCUAUGGUGAUGGGGAUCUCGCGAAGAGUGUUGCAUGGAAGUCAAGCGACCGAGCACGAGGAUGUCGGGGUGGAUGUUGGCCAUGGCCAGGAGGAAGGAAGUUCCACAGAUCAUAACAGCAGUCGCGAUUUGCGGAUUGCGGCGAUGUUUAUCAUCAUGUCUGCUUCGACGCUGGGGUUCCUGAUUCCUGUAAUAUUGACAAAGUGGAAACGAAUUCAGUUUUCUCUUGAAAGCAGGGUGCUGCUGGUCGGCAAGGCCUUCUCGGCCGGUGUAGUUGUCGCAACCGCGCUCGUGCACAUGUUCCCCGAAGCUUUAUCCAGCUUUGAGUCCGAUAGAUUGGCUGAGCAUCCUUGGCAGAAGUUCCCAUGGGUGGGGGCCAUGACAACACUGGCAGCUCUCGUCACGCAUGUAUUCGACUGCAUGGCGACGACUCACAUACAGCGGAAGCAUGGUAUGAAGCUGGAGGAGGUCACCUCAUCUACGGCACUGACAGCUUCUGGAGCAGGGGCAAUGUUAGACGUCACCGCGAUGGGUAAGACCCCCGGCGCUGAAGGAAAAGGUGAUGUUGUCGUUGAUUGCCAUGAGCACCAGCAUCAAAAUUGCGAGAAGUUAACGCGCAACAUCGUUGUCGCUGAGAUUUUGGAGUAUGGGAUUGCUAGCCACUCCGUACUCAUUGGGAUUACAUUAGGCGUGUUGACAGACCGCAGUGAGAUCCAGCCACUUCUCAUUGCUCUAGUGUUCCAUAAGGUAUUGCGCUCGGUGCCUGCGGGGUUCACCCGCAUCUAUGGAGGUAAGCAUAAACUGGUCUGCGACUUUGUCACUCUUGGAGCAGAUUUGGAUAGGGUUCCGGCAAGUUCAAGGUUAGUCACAUUGGAGCUUCCUGGUUACGGGAAAUCUGGCUUGCAGGAGUACUUCGUGGAUCAGGCGAACAAGCAGUACAACUUUCAGGUGAAAGGUAGAAUGAAAGACGAUCCUUUUCAUUAGCCCAAUAGCUACAAUCAAUCUCCCUUCUACAUGCACCCUGUUACCUACCUGCACAUAAUGCAAACGACAAGCCCAAAAGGAUCCAACAAAACCGCAUACCCAAG